UCCAUCCUGAUGGUCAUCGACCAGCUAUCUUCCUAGCCCUCCUUCGAGGACCUGCCAGGGUAAAAGGGAUUCCCACCCUACCAGACACGAAAAUGCACCGGGUGCCUCUGGUUCACGUGUAUGUAUGCAACACCUUAAAAACAGCUUAAAGCACAGGGAGCCGGGAGCACCCUGCCACAAUUGUCCACCUAGCAGGAAUGGCGUUGCAAGUGAUGGGUUCAUGUCGAGUAACCUGACAGGCCCUCAACCAAGCUCAGACCAAUCAGCACAGGUAUUCCAUCAUGGAUCACAUCUCAGGGCUAGAGAGCAGGUGUGCAUCCAUAGUCCAAGCACAAAUCCCCCCCCUCCCCAAUACCCAGUUAUCGACAUGGAUGGUUUCUAAAAGCAACACGACGUAGAGGGAUCUGACUGCCUACGCUGGCCCCCUGUGAGGAUC